AUGCUCGGGGGGGAGGCGGAAGCUCCGCUUCCUCCAGCGCCGGUGCGCGAACCGUCGGAGCACGACGGGCAGCGGCUGUGCCGCUCGGUGGGGCGGUGCGGCGGCUACGCUUAUAUCCGCCCUCGCGGGGCCGGGGCAUGCGCGGCGGCGGCGGCGGAGCUCUCCCGGGUGCUGAAAUCUUUUCCUAACCAUCCCCGACCCGCCCCCGACGCCGUUCCGUGCCGUUCGCUCGAGUCUUUCCAGCACUUUUCCAGCUCUGGGGGAAUCACAGAGCAGCUAUCGCUGCUCUUAGCGGAGCCCCGACUAGGGGCUGAGUCCGCACUGUCAGCAGCUCCGGCAGCCGCCCGCCCGCAGGGGGCCCCGGCGCACCGGCGGCGGCUGUGCCCGGUCCCGGAGCUCGGAGGCUUCGGGACCCCCCUCUGCGCGGCACCGCGCCUGGAGGCGGCUCCCCGCAGCAGAAUGGAAAGCAACAGAAAAAGCUACAGAGUGAGAACGGAGGUACCUGAUGAGAAUAUUGAUACUGGAUUUUGGGCUCAGGAAUGCGAGUGCAAGUAUACCCUGAAAGAUCUAUACAAUUUUUUUCACUUGCUUGACAAACCUCUUCCAAAAAUGAAGGAUUGGCUAUGA